UUCAUGAUUUCAACACCGGAGGUUGACGCUUGUUGUUAGCAACACGUAGCUUUGACUGGAACGACCGACCGUUAGUUCUUAUAACAUUUCCGACAGCUUUGAACGCAGCACCAACUCCAGAAUUCAGCGACCAGGAAGUGGAUCAAUGGGACGAAAGUUUCCGCAUUGAAAACCGGUCCAAACAAAGAUCCGGACACCAUGGCAACAGCGCGAAUGUGUGUCCUGUUCGUCGUCCUGUCCACGACUUUAAGUGAAGACUUUAAAUUAAAAUAUAAAGCAGCAAACAAACCGGUCCGCCUGUUCACCGAGGAGGAGCUGAAGAGACACGACGGCACAGAGGAGGGACAGCCUCUUUACAUGGCAGUUAAAGGAGUUGUGUUUGAUGUCACCAAGGGCAAAGAGUUUUAUGGGAAAGAUGCACCAUAUAACGCCCUGGUUGGUAAAGACUCGACCCGAGCUGUGGCUAAGAUGUCCCUGGACCCAGCUGACCUGACGUCAGAUGUUACGGGCCUCACCGAGGAGCAGCUGGAGUCUCUGGAAAGUGUUUUUGAAGGCACGUACAAAACUAAAUAUCCCAUCGUUGGUUACACGGCAUCUCGCAUCCUCACAGCAGACGGAAGUCCUGACAAAGACUUCAAACCGGAGGACCAGCCUCACUUUCAAAUCAAAGACGAGUUCUAAUCACAUUUUUCACAGCUAAUCACAGCUUCUUCUUCUUCUACCAGAAUCAGAAGCUCAAAUACUUGAACUGGAGGUUUACAGGAUCCUUUGUUUUCUGUGAGAGCUCCUAAUGUGAACAAUCCCUCAAACAACACUUCAACACACACUACCUUACUCAACGGUACAUCAGCAGUACUCGGGAAGUGACCUGGCACCUCUCAAACUUCCACACUUUGGUCCGCACCAUGACUUGAGCUGGCGACCCUCCAGUUUCCAACCCAAGUCUCUACAGACUGAGUAAAUUAGAUCUGCAGCAGGCAACAAGACACGACAGGUACACAAAAGACAACAUCAGAAAUACGGCCCCAUAAGGAACUGACUAACUCGUGUGACUUUUUUUAACCUCACAAUUUGUUUUUGUUUUUACCACAAAAUUCUUAACUUUUACUCAACUUUUUGUUCUUCUAUCAAAAAUCUAAAACCUGAAACAUUUACUGCUGCACACAAUAUAAGUCCCUUCUCACAACCUCAGAGGAAAGAAGUGCUAUUUCUCAGACCAAGUAGCGACCUCCAAUGCUGAGGUGUAAAAUCAUCCUGCAGUUCCUGGAGUGUCCACUAGAGGCUGGCUGCAGAAGCACAGGAAGUCACAUACACACCCAUUCUAAAC